AUGGAGUUUGGAAUAUUUGGGUGGUGGUUAAUGUUGGCGGCCUUGUUUCAAUUAUCUUCUAUUCAUGCUUGUUUGAGGGAGGAGAGAGAAGCCCUCUUGCGACUCAAAGCUUCCAUUAACUCCUCGUAUGUUUAUUUAUUCACAUCUUGGAACUCAUCUCAGGAAGGGAGAAAUUGCUGCGAUUGGGAAAGUGUUGUGUGUGACAACACUACAGGGCGUGUAAUCGAGCUUCAUCUUAGCUAUGUGAGGGCCCCGUAUCAGGAAGUUUGGUAUCUGAAUGCCUCUCUGUUUCUUCCCUUUCAAGAGCUCAAGUACCUCGAUUUGAGUUAUAAUGCAAUAUCUAGAUGGGCUCCAAAUGAAGGUUUUGAAAGAUUAUCCGGAUUGAGCAAGCUAGAGGUGCUUGACUUUAGUGGGAAUAACUUCAAUGAAAGCUUCCUGUUAUCCCUUGGUCAGGUCUUAUCGCUCAAGGAACUAUAUUUGAGAGGCAUCCAAAGAGAUCGACCAAUCAAUAUCCCAAUCUCAGAGUUGGGAAGACUAAAGAACCUACAGGAGUUGUAUUUGGAUGGUUCCUACAUUGACAAAAGCUUCCUGAAUAAAGUUGGAGUUAUGACUUACCUUAAUGUAUUGUCAAUACAAUACUGUGGAUUCAAUGGAAGUUUGCCCAUCGUUCAAGGCUUGUGUGAGCUUAUGAAUCUACGAGAGUUAGAUCUCAGCCAUAAUGAUUUUGAAGGGAUACUGCCUUCAUGUUUGGCAAACAUGACACAACUUCGAAUAUUUGAUAUCUCUUCAAAUCGCUUUAAUGGAAGCAUUGAUCUCUCCCCUCUACCUAGUUUGAAGCCAAAACUCAGAUUUUCUCCCCCCUCAAGUCAUUGUUGA